UCAUCGGGUCACGUGUGUGUUCCUCUCUAACUUGCCCCCGGAGCUGAGGGUCCCGGGUGGUGGUUCCGGUGUUGGGCGACGGAUUCUCAGCUGCUCCUGGUGAUGCUGAAGUUGCGGCAGAGCCGUGCAGGAUGAGCAGAUUGCCGAAUGUCCAGGAGGAAGCUCGAGCUGAUCGUUUCAAUUCCAGUGCUUCUCUUAGUACCACACAUUCCAUUCAUACAUCUCAACUUGCAGCUAGAUUAGAGCCUUACAGUGACAGGAAACCUAUUUCUGAUGUCAGGAGGACUUUCUGCUUAUUUGUUACUUUUGACCUUUUAUUUGUUGGUUUGCUGUGGAUAAUAGAAUUAAAUGUAGAUGGUGGCAUAAUUCAUAGUUUAGAAAGUGAAGUCAUUCACUAUGACUUCCAUAAAUCUUACUUUGAUAUCUUCUUACUGGCAGUAUUCCGAUUCCUUAUGCUGGUUAUUGCGUAUGCUCUGUGUAGGUUAAACCACUGGUGGAUGAUUGCGAUUACAACAGCUGUCACCAGUGCCUUUCUAAUUGUAAAAGUAAUUGUUUCCAAGCUCUUGGUCCAAGGUACUGCCUUUGCUUAUUUACUGCCAAUCAUCUCCUUCAUACUAGCCUGGAUUGAGACUUGGUUCCUGGAUUUUAAAGUGUUGCCACAAGAGGCAAAGGAUGAAAACAGAGUCUUUGUGGUGUCUGAUGUAUCAGAGCAUGCACCUCUUAUUCUUCCUGGCCCCCUAUCUGAUGGACAGUUUUAUUCUCCUCCUGAAUCUGUUGCUGAUUCUGAUGAAGAAGACGAUGCUGAGAAUCCAAAACAUUAACAGCAUUCACUAGAUGGACACAGCUCGGGCUGAAAGGGAUGGUGGAAACGUUUCUGAGAGAGGCUGAGCUGCGGAAUUCCCCCAAUACUCAAAUUCCUUUUGGGGAAGAACAUGAUGUAACUGGCGGUGGGAAAUCUGUGAUUCACUUUAUGCUCAGAACACUCAGCUGUUGGAAGUUUAUCACUUUACUGCCUUAUGCCAGCUCUGAAGUGGCUUCAGGAUCCUGCCAUCGCUGAACUAAUUUCAGUUCCAGAAUCAGCUGCUGCACAUUUGUCAAAAUAGCUCAUUUUAGGCUCCAAUCCAGUCAUUUUCAGUGCUUAGUAAUUCUACUGUAAUAACAUUUGAAAAUCACCAACGAGUGUGAUUCAUUUACCUGACUGAUGUGAUCAGUACUUUUCACUUUAAGCAUUAUGUUGCACUAAAAUUCUAUAUUAUUUUGGUUAGGUCUUUCAUUAUUUUAAAUGAAAUAGACCAAAUACAACAAACCGUUAUAAAUUAUGAAGUGUUCCUGAACAUUCGAUUUUUAUAGAUUUAUGCCUUACUUGCAAAGGGAUGUAUUUAAGAUACGUGGAGGGAGAAUUGCACAAGUUUGCAGAUGAUUGACUGUGCAGUGGUAAUAUUCCGAAGUAUUGAUGCACAUCACAACUUGCAGUUGUUACUUUGUGUGACACAAGUUUAUUGAAGGAAAUUUUUAAAAAUCAUUUUUAUUUAGCUGAAACUAGAUAUAAAUUAGGCAAAAUUGUUCAUUUCAUCUUUGAUAAUAAAACCAAGCAAAAUAUUUUGCAAAAAGUUAAGGGAUGGUUUUCUUCUGCCAUUAACUACUUGGCGAAUGCAGAACAUCCCAAAGUUCAGUGUAGGUGGCAGGAUGCACUUUCUGUUGCGAAUGACUGUUGGUUUAUGUUAAGCAACAUGUUCCCAUUUUAAUACACUCUUCACACUGCAAGCUCUUAUGAUCUGGCACAUGCUGUUGGAUGAGAAGCAUUAAUGCAGAUAGUCCAGUCCUUUAAUAUGUGCACCCUUAUGUUUUAAAUAUAUUUCUUUCUAAUAAUGACAGUAGAUUUAUAAUUUAAUGCAAUUAAUCAUUAUAAUCAAUUUUGAUUACCUAAAGAGCUGUGUAAAUAUUACAUAUGUACAAUGAGGUAUUAAUACAUUCAUUUAAAAAAUCCUCCUAGCAUCCUCCAGCUGUGGAUGACCUUCUCCCCAGCUUGUGCGCAAAUGAUAUUGUAUUUUCAGACUUUUAUGCAACAAAGCGGCUUAUUUGAUUAAGACAAACUGACCCUGGGCAUGUAGGAAGGCUGCCCCUGCUUCAUUUCCCUAUCCUAUAAGAACUUCCUCUGCUGACAGAUGUCUUUACCUGUUCAUUAACCCUUCCAAAGCCUCUCACCUUUUGGGUGUCAAAAUGAAGUGAAGAUUAAUAUUUCUUGAGCCACCAGGUGGGUUGUGGAUGAAUUUUUGAUCUGGAAUAAAUUAGACCCACCUCUACAGUUGAAGGAAGGUGAAUCUCAUUUAGCGUAAGCAUGUUCUAAAGGUGUAUAUCAUUUUCCUUUACUUAUAAAAACAAGUCAUAUUGCAUUGACAACACCCCUAUCAAUAGACAAUCAUGUAUUCUUCUUUUAGUUGCACAUAGUUUAUACCUUCCCCCCCCCCCCCCCCCCCCCCCCCUCACCGAGACUAAAUAUCUGGGCAUGAGGAUAUUCAAAUAUAAUAUCUAACCAGCUGUAGAAGAUCCCAGAUCAUAGAGUCCCCACAGUAUGGAAGCAGGCCAUUCAGCCCAUCCAGACCACAUCAACCUUCUGAGGAGUAUCUCACCCAGACCCACCCUCCUACCAUUUGAGAAAAUAUUAUAAUAGCCUAAAUUGGCUUGAAUGGAUAUGUACAUAAUUUGGAUUUAAUCAACUGCUUUAAUGUGUUUGAUUGAACAUCUCCAGCAUAAUUUAUAUAAAUAGAUAUGUAAAACCCCAGGGUGCUAUGAAAAUAACUAAUUUUCAGUAAAAGUAGCUAAUGUUGUGAUAUAAAGAAAUCUGUUGUCACACUGAAAUGAUUAUAAUUGCUUACUGCAUGUACCUGAGACUUGUGACUUGCAUCUUAUUCAGCUCGGUGUCUUCUCAGAGUUGGGUUGCUUCUGAAUGCAACUCAAAGCAGGUGAUAGACUUCAUCCAGAACUUAUACAAAUGAAGUCUGGUCUUAAUUAAAAUUCCAAUAACUGUUUUAGUUCUUUAUUUGCACUACUUACUUCAAAUUAUUGGGAAAAAAAUGCUUUAGUAUAUAAAGCAACGCUGAAUUAUUAAGAGCAGACUCCAUAUAUAAAUUCCUUAAAUAAUUCGAUGUUCAUCUUGUAUAAACAUCAUGCAUCCUUUUUAUGGCUGCAGUCAUGGAUUGAUUUGUAUUCAGAUUUUACUUAAGAUUCAAUUUCCCUCUCAGGAUUGAUAUUCCAAAUGUUGCCCUUCAUUCUCCUCCACUUAUGUCUCUUCCAUUGUUAGUGAUUCUUCUGGAGUUUCCUGUCACUUGGCUUUACAAGGUCGAAUCUGACUGCCUUUUAAAAACGCAACUCUAUAUGGGAGCAAGACUAUGUGUUGCUGAAAUAGACUGUUGCAGCAUUGCAUUCACAUCAACCUCCCUGGCCAAACAUUACACCGGGCAUUUUGGGCUCUAUGUAUUCAAACUACUGAUAUUCAACACAGGAGAUCAUUAAGAGAUGAAAGGAAUCUACAAAUGCAAACUGAGGUAGCAGAAUCAAUUCAGCUCCUGCCUUUAUGCUGGUGCAUGUUAUAUUAUGUCUGUAACUUUCAAGUCAUGCCUUGUUUUAUUACACUGAAAUAAAUGGAUCAAUUUAUACAUUAACUCAUUUGCAAUAAAAGUAAAUGGAGCAGUGGAA